AUGGACGAAAGAGCCGGUAUUCCCGUCACGCUCCCUGUGGCUAACCCUACGGAAAGCUAUUGGCACUCUCCUCCCUCCGUUCUCUCAGACCAUGUAUCGAGUUCAUCGCUACCUUCAACAACCGAUACCCUGAUAAUAGGAAGUGGUAUCACGGGCGCUGCCAUGGCCCAUUUCCUACUCUCCCCGCCUCCUACCAGCAGCCCUUCUCAACGAGCGCCCUCCCCUCCCGACAUCACCAUGCUAGAGGCCCGCGCCGUGACCUCGGGCGCGACAGGCCGUAACGGAGGUCACACAAAAGCCGCAUCGUACCGAUCAUUCCUCCACCAUGCAAGCACUCUCGGCACCGAGACUGCCUGCCUCAUUGCGCGGCUUGAACUUGCCAACGUCCGCGCCGUCCACACGUUCGCAGCCACUCACCUAAAGGACAAAGCAACGGAAAGCAGGCCCUGUCAGACCGUUGACGUGAUCUACGAUGCUGCCCAGUGGGAGGCAGCAAAACGGGCCGUCGACGCGAUGAGGCAGGCCAUGCCCGACGACGACGCUUCGCGAUACGAACUCUACGAAGCAGAGGAGAUGCAAAGCCGGUUCCACGUUUCGGGUGAGGGGCUGUAUGGCGGUGUUGCCUAUGAGGCAGGCAGCAUCUCUGCGUACCGCUUCACCACCGGCGUGCUAGAGCUGUGCGUCAACAAGGGCCUGAAGCUCUUCACGGAGACGCCUGCAACCAGCGUCAAGAAAGUUGACGAAACCGCAGCAAACGGCCAUCGAUGGAUCGUGGAGACGCCCAGAGGCCGGAUCGAAGCGCGGAGGGUAGUGCUCGCAACCAACGGCUACACGGCAUUCCUCGACCCACGGUUCCAGGAGUCCAUCGUGCCGAUGCGCGGACAGAUUACGGCGCACCGGCCGGGAUCCAAGAUGCCGAAAGAAGGCCUAGCGGCAACUUACAGCUUCAUCUACGAAGGUGGCUACGAGUACAUGAUCCCCAAACCGCAGGGGACGCAGUUCGCUGGCGAUAUCGUCAUCGGCGGCGGCCUCGUCCGCGCGCCGAAUGAGGGGCUGGGGGAAUACGGGACGACGGACGAUUCGCAGCUGAACCCCAUCAUCAGCACAUACCUAUACGAGACGACGCCGCGCUACUUUGGCGACAACUGGGGCGAGGACGACCCGGCUGGGCGGGUGCGCGCGGAGUGGACCGGCAUCAUGGGCUUCAGUCCGGACGGGUUCCCUUUCGUAGGCCAGGUGCCGGGCGAAGAAGGGCUCUGGGUAUCUGCCAGUUUCCAAGGCCAUGGCAUGGUGCUCUGCUGGAUGUGCGCGAGGGCGCUGGCCGCCAUGCUCGAUGGGACCGAGGAGGAUAAGCAGCAGCUAAGCAGCUGGUUUCCCGGGGCCUUCGCAGUCACCUCCACACGGCUGAGACGGAGAUUUACGGGGACGGUGAACCACUCGACAUCAGGACCCGCUGAUCGAGAUGCUGCUGGUCCUGGGGUUCCAAAACGAGGUUAA